AACAAUAAAUAAGGUAGCGAGACUGCGCGGUGUACGAGCUUGCGGUCAUGAUCCCAUUUCUUUAUGUACGUUUAUUUGUCGAGCAUUAGAACAAACUGAUUUAUGAGUGAUUAUCGGUACACUGUAGCUUCAAGCACAGGUCGAGCGUUGUGGUUAUCGUGUGGAAAUGUGUGCACAAAGUGUGAAAGAAGAGUACGAGGAGGAACUUUGGCGAACAAAAGAGAACGAGAGACCUCGUCAACCGCUGCGUGCUGUUUUCGAGACGCCGCAAGUUGUGUUGCACGGAGCAGACGUCGGUAAAGCAGAUCUUUAUCCUGAGCAGCGGGAGUGGAACUCUUGGUUGGAGCAGGAGGAGCCAGAGCGCCCCCACAUUAAAGAAGAAGAUGAAGAAGAAGAGGAGGAGGCCCCUCCCAUUAAAGAAGAAGAGGAGGAACACAGCAUCAGCCAGGAGGGAGAGAAGAUUCAAGGAUUGGAGGAGGCCAAUAUCAUCAAAUUGAUAUUGACUGGUGUCCAUGUGAAGAGUGAAGAUGAAGAUGAUAAUAAACACAGUGAUCGAGACCACAGCCUCUUAGCGCCACUAUCUGAUUUUGAAGGCUUAACAUCUGACACCGAUAAACCUUUGGACUGCUCAGUUUGUGGGGAAAGAUUCAGCCAAAUGGAACACUUUGAAGCACACACAAGAACACACGAUGUGGAGAAACAUUUUGCCUGCUCAUUUUGUGGUAAAAGGUUCUCUUUAAAGGGAAACUUAAGAAGACACACAAGAAUACACACGGGGGAGAAACCUUUUGCCUGCUCGGUUUGUGAUAAAACAUUCACACGGAAGGGACACUUGGAAAAACAUGCAAGAAUACACCCUGUGGAAGAAUCUUCUGCCCUCUCAGUUUAUGGUAAUAUACUCACUCAGGAGGGAAACUUGGAAACACAAAAACAAACGCACGUUGUGGAGGAACCUUUUGCCUGUUCAGUUUGUGGUCAAACAUUUGCCAGAAAGACAAGUUUAUUACGACACAUAAGAACGCACACUGGGGAGAGACCUUUUUCCUGCUCGGUUUGUGGUAAAAGUUUCACCAUGAAUUCAGAUUUAACAAGACACAGAAAAACACACACUGGAGCCAAACCUUUUGCCUGUUCUGUUUGUGGUAAAAAAUACACUUGGAAUAAAGAUUUAAUAAGGCACUCAAGAACACAUACUGGGGAGAAACCUUUUGCUUGCGCAAUUUGUAAUAAAAGAUUCUCUAUGAAGAUAGAUUUAAUACAGCACACAAAAACACACACGGGGGAGAAACCUUUUGCCUGCUCAGUUUGUGGCAAAAGAUUCACCAUGAAGUCAGAUUUAAUGAGGCACAAAAGAACACACUCUAGAAAGAAAUCUUUUAUGGGUUCAGUCUGUAAUGUUAGUUCAGGAUUGGAAGAUCUUCGUCCUGAGCAGCAGGACUUGAGUGCCAGGGUAAAGCAGCCGAAGCUAGAGCCCCCCCACAUUAAAGAGGAAGGGGACGACAUCACCAAGUUGCCAUCGACUUUUGUCCCUUUGAAGAGUGACGAGAACAGAGGGGCGGAGCCUCCGGGCUCCAGCUCAAGUCGACAUAUGACAACAGAAGAUGAUGCGGACCAAUGUGGAGGAUCACAAGCAGAAAGCCUCCUAGCUCCACUAUCAGAUAGCGACGACAUAACAUCACACUCCUCAGACUUCAAUGAUGAUAAACACUCGAAAAGUGAUAUGAUACAUCCCACUGACAGCAAACGCAGCAAAUGUUCUCAGUGUGACAAAACGUUUGUCAGCAAGUCAACAUUGAAAAGACACAUGAGAUCACACACUGGGGAGAAACCUUUUGCCUGUUCAUUUUGUGGUAAAAGAUUCACUGGGAAGACAAAUUUAAUAACACACACAAGUAAACAUACUGGGGAGAAACCUUUUGCCUGCUCAGUCUGCGGUGAAAGAUUCACUUACAAGGAACAAUUGGGAAGACAUGCAAUAACACACACUGGAGAGAAACAUUUCGCCUGCUCAGUUUGUGAUAAGAUAUUUACCUGGAAAGUAGAUUUUAACCGGCACACAAGAACACACAGUGGGGAGAGACCCUUUGCCUGCUCGGUUUGCGAUAAAACAUUCAAUAGGAAGUCAAGUUUAAUGAGGCACACAAGAACACACACUGGGGAGAGACCCUUUGCUUGCUCAGUUUGUGGCCAAAGAUUCACUCAGAAGGCACAUUUAAGAACACAUGCAAGUACACACUCUGGUUCUCCCCGGCGUCACCUUUUGCCUACUCAAUGUGCAACUUAACUUAAAUUGAUCAUACAGGAUUGGUUCAACAGAUUCCUACUCGGCGCGUGGCAAAAUAUUCUCUCAAAGGCACACUUUGACAACACGCACAAGAAUACACAGGUGAAAACCCAUGAAACUUGUUCCGGUGUAAAUGACCUCUAAAUAUUGUAAAUAUUUGACUAUUUGUUGUAGGAAUUCAUUGUGUGACCCUGAAUAAAAUACUG